AUAUUAAUGGCUAGUGUUGGAAAAUUUACUAAACUUUUCUUGUAGAUAAACUAUUAAUUAUUGAAUUUAAUUGGUCAAUAAGUAUACUGAAAGCAUACCAGGUCUUUUAUGAACAGUUGUACACAAUUGGUGGUUGCUGAUUCGUCGGGCACACACUCAUCAGGGGAGAGGAGCUAGUGGAGCAUAGGAAGGGACGAGCAUCUUAUAUACCGGCUCAGUAUUGCAGUGACCAGCUGAAGAAAGUUGGUGUCUGAAAGUGUUCAGUGGAAGUUUGAGUAACGUAGGUUAACAGACAUACAUUUUGGAGUGUAUAAUUUGUCAAGUCAACUUGUUAAAAUUUUUUAAUUCAGUUCCUAGUGCAUAAAUAAUACAUAAUAGUGCCUGACGUGUUCAAAAAUCAAAGCAAAAGUGUUAAGGGCUUACGCGCUUUUCCAUGUCAACAACACGCGCUAUCCUUCCAAGGCCAGUGUGCUACGCCCCGUGUAUAUACAGUUGCAUUGUUUUGAAUUGCACGGUACAGUGGUGUAAAAGUUUACCGAGUAUUUCAACAUUAAGAAAGCUCCGAAACAUCAACAGUGGUGUUCAGAGACAUCAACAACGUGUAAAACCUACGUCAAUCUUUGCAAAAGUGGGACUGAGAUGAGUGACCAUGGCUGUAUACAUUUGAAUAAUUUCAAAGCUGCCAAAGGGAUACAACCUUAUAAAGUGAUACAUUCAUAUUUUGUAACGAGUACUUCAACAGAAGCACGAAUAAGAAAGGCAGUUAGCUGUCUAUGCCAUACUUGUAAAACUUACAAGGAUCGGCUACACUCUUGCCUUCAUUGUAUAUUUUUUGGCUGUUAUGCGAAAGGACACAUACAGGAACAUGCCAAAACAAAAAAACAUUUUUUAGCUGUUGAUUUGUGUUAUGGGAAUAUUUUGUGCUUCCAAUGUGGGGAUUAUGUUUAUGACCGCGAACUAUUAACUGUAGCAAAGGCACAAUGGAGCGAGUCAGCCAAGUCUCUCAGCUUAGGAGAAUUUUAUCGAGCAUGGGAACCGACUCAAGUGGAAGCAGAAUUACUCAGAAAGCAUCCACGACGACGUCGUGUCCUAGAAAAUUCCACGAUUGGUUUGAGAGGUCUUAUAAACCUGGGCAGUACAUGUUUUAUGAAUUGUAUCGUCCAAGCACUGACUCAUACUCCAUUAUUACGAGAUUAUUUCCUCGCUGACCGUCACCACUGCCCUCAACCAAGCCGAUGUCUAGUUUGUGAAGUGUCUCAUCUUUUUCAAGAAUUUUAUUCAGGAAGCAAAGCACCACUAACAUUACACAAACUGCUCCAUUUAAUAUGGACACAUGCAAGACAUUUAGCUGGGUAUGAACAGCAAGACGCUCAUGAAUUUUUCAUCGCUACGUUAGACGUACUACAUAGACAUUGUGAAGCUGCACCAAUUUUCGUGAAAGAUAAUCCUCACCAUUGCAACUGUAUAAUUGAUCAAAUAUUUACUGGUGGCUUACAAAGUGACGUUGUUUGCCAAUCUUGCAAUGGAGUCUCCACGACAAUUGAUCCAUUCUGGGACAUAUCUUUGGAUCUUGGACCUACCGCUGGAGCCUCUGGCUCGGACUCAAGUGGACCUCCAACAUCGUUAGUUGAUUGCUUAGAACGUUUUACAAGAGCUGAACAUUUGGGUUCUAGUGCGAAAAUAAAAUGUAGCAAAUGCCAAACGUACCAAGAGAGUACCAAGCAGCUAACAAUGAAGCAGCUGCCAAUUGUUGCGAGUUUUCAUCUCAAACGAUUUGAACAUUCCAGCAUCCAGGACAAGAAAAUAUCCACAUUCAUUUCUUUUCCAGAGCAGCUUGAUAUGACACCUUUUAUGUCUCAUAGAAGAAAUGGAAAUAAUAAUUCUACAAUGGACGGUUUACCGAAAAAUGGGGAAGAUACAGCAUUCAGUGACAAUAGAUAUUCUCUGUUUGCUGUCAUUAAUCAUGAGGGAUCUCUCGAAACUGGUCAUUACACUGCUUUUAUUCGACAACAAAGGGAUCAGUGGUUUAAAUGUGAUGAUCAUUUGAUAACGAGAGCCCGAUUAAAAGACGUCCUAACGAGUGAAGGGUAUCUUUUGUUUUAUCACAAACAAAUUUUGGAGUAUGGACGUAGUAAUAAAAUAUGAAGAAUCAUCCCCGUAAUUAAUUAAUUUAUUUUGUUUAUAUUGAUAAUUUUUUGGUAAAAGUAAUUCUAAAUUUAUUGGAAAUCGAAUGCUUAAUUGCUGUAUUUAUUUACUGCCGGUGGACACAGAUUUUUUGAAUGCUUAGAUAGCGUGAAAGAUUGUGUUUAUAAUCAUGUAAGCUUAAAGUUAAAAUCGAGUGAAAAGAGAAAGCGUAUAUAAAUAUAUAUAUAUAAUGAAUUAUGUGAGUAUGUUAAAUACAUAUUUUAAAUUAAUUGUUGAAUUCUUUUUGAUAAUUAAGUCAAAGUGAUGAUAAACACUUUAAGCAAUCAAUUUACUUAUGCGAAACCCUGAAUUGAUCGAAAAAUAGUUUUAAGAUUAGCUCAAUUUUUUAAAAACAAUCCUAUCUUUUGUAAAUCGCUGACUGUUAUAAAAUCUUUUUCUCUUCGCCAUUAUAUACAUAUAUGAUCUCCCGAGGAUAGAUUUUGCACACUCUCAUAUUAGUUGACUCAUUUAUUUUUUCCAAUUUAAGACUGCAAGGUACAAUGACAAAGCGUUAAUAAUUAUGAUGCACAGAUAAGAUUUUAUCUGGCGGAUAGGCUGUGUUUGCUAUCCUUGGUCAGAUCAUUUUUGUACAAACGAUAUAAAGAAUGUAAAGGAUAAAUUGUUUUAUCCUUAAUGCGAUUUAGUUCGCCCGACUGUGUACAAUAAAUUAAUGUUUCAAAAUAA